GGCGAUGCACAAAACAGUCGCCAAAUUGAUUGCACACAGCGCGGAACCUAAGCUCUCUCAUAUUUCGAUCUUUACUCCGAUUCGUAAUACGUUCGUUCGUUCGUUCUUUUAUUGGAGAUUGACGAUAAAUUAAAGACAUUUCAUGUAGUUGUUGCGUGCGUGCGUGAAGCAUCAACUACACAGAAAUAAACUAUAAACUAUAUCUACAUUUUUUUUGAGGUUUUAUUUUUGUUGAGAAUGUUGCAAGUGUUGCUGCCAUUGUUGCUGCUGAGCGCCAGCUCAAUUGCUGCCCCAUCACUGCAGUCAGUGCAGUCAGUGCAGUCCGUGCAGACGACGGCGCAGUCAACAGCACAGCAGCGAGCGAGUGAUUUAUAUUACACACCGAUCACAUCGGUGACGGAUGAGACGCGUUACACGACAAAGAAUCCCGAUGUUGAGCUGGUGGCACUGAACAAGGUGAAGCACAGCAAGGGCAAUCUUGUCUUCAGUUCGGGUCAACGCAUCUCGGGCGAUAAAUUGCUGGUGAAUAACUAUGCCGAUGAGAGUUUCACGACUGCUGUCAAUGUUGAGGUCGAGAUGCGUUAUCCUUCGGCAACGGGAACGGGCAGCACUUUGACCUGCAUUGAGAUCUAUGUGGAUUCGUCGGCCAACGAUGCGGAUGCGUAUUUUACGGAAGGCAGCAUUGGCAAGACGGCGGCAGCAAUACUCUUGACAUCGGAUCAGACACGCACUUUUUCGUACGAGGCCUAUUUCUAUGGUUACUAGGCUUAGUCGAGUGCACACACUUCUGCAAUGCAAUGCGAAGAAGCAAAAUAAAACAGCAUCAUCAACUUUGGAA